AUGGGAUUCCCCAAUUGUAAAACCGUCCAAACCGUAAAAAGCGAACUUACGUCUACCACACACGGUGUUAUACUUCGAGGAACACGGAUUGUCAUUCCUGCGGCUCUACAACAACGUGCAAUAGAUAUAGCACAUGAGACACACUUAGGAAUAGAGAAAACGAAGUCUCUAAUUCGUGAAAAAAUCUGGUUUCCGCAAAUUGACAACCAAGUCAAAAACACAAUUGUUAAGUGCACCACUUGUCAAGCUGUCGGACAGGCGAAUCCUCCAGAACCAUUACGUACGACCGAAAUGCCAGAGUUACCAUGGAGAACUGUCCACAUAGAUUUUUAUGGUCCACUACCAUCGUCUGAAUAUCUGUUAGUGGCGGUAGAUAGAUACUCCAGAUUCCCAGAGGUUGAGAUAGUUCAUUCAACACGAGCCUCAACAGUCAUUCCAAAACUUGACAAAAUGUUCUCAGUCCAUGGCAUUCCCGACACCCUUAUAUCUGACAAUGGUCCCCCUUUUAAUGGAGACGACUAUGCACGAUAUCUGAAAGCCCUUGGUAUUCAAGCUAAGUUUUCAACACCCUAUUGGCCCCAAGGUAAUGCUACAGUUGAACGAUUUAUGCGACCGUUAGGAAAAGCGCUCAAGACAGCGACACUCGAAGGACGACCAUGGAAACAAGAAUUGAACCGUUUUCUUUUACAAUAUCGUGCCACUCCACAUUGCACUACAGGAGUACCUCCAUCAGAACUGUUGUUUAACCGAGUGAUAAAAGGAAAAUUACCAGUUAUAAACAGCAAGAAGAUU